CUGCCAUCAAGGCUCAAGGGUGCGGCCGUCGCUCCGCUUCACCCCGAACCGCCCCGGCUUCACUGGGCCGGGUCCCGCGGCGGGCGCUCCGGACAGGGCAGGGAGAGCAGCCGCCGCCGCAGCAGCAGCGCGGCCCCGGACAGGCAGCUGGGCAAGGCGCCCAGUACAGCAGCGGCCGCGGCUCCUGCGCAUUCCUCCCCCCUCGCGAACGCGCCUGAGCCCAGCUGCAGCGGCUGGAAAGUGCGAGCCGGCCCGUCGCGCGCUCCCCCGGCGCCUUCCAGGCCAGAACGCGAAUCCGGGGCUCGGGAGCCGCCGCGCUCGUGCGCGAGGAGGCUGAACGCCCGGGCUCUCCAACCCCGGCUGGCCUUGCGCCGCCGCUCGCGAGUCGCGGCGGGGAGGGCUCGUGCGGAGUGAGGGUCCCGAGCACCGCGGGUUGCGCUGCCUACUCCAGCUCCUCCUUCUCCUCCUCUUGAGCAGAGCCGCAUGAUGGCGGCAGCUGCGGCCGUGGUGGUGGAGGUGAGCGUGAGCAGCACCGGGAGCAGCAGCAGCGACACGUCCAGCACCGGCGAGGAGGAGAGGAUGAGGCGCCUCUUCCAGACCUGCGAUGGCGAUGGGGACGGUUACAUCAGCAGGAAUGACUUGCUGAUGGUGUGCCGUCAGUUGAAUAUGGAGGAGUCUGUUGCUGAGAUCAUGCACCAACUGGGAGCAGAUGAAAAUGGGAAAAUUUCCUUUCGGGAUUUUACUCGGUGCCGCAUGCAGCUUGUGCGAGAAAUCAGGAAAGAGGAAGUGGAACUUUCUGUGAAAUCAGAUGACUCUUGUAAAAAGAAGUUGUUAAGGUACAGAAUAGCCUCCUGGCCAACGAGCAGUGAUAACAGUUUGGGUGCCUUAUCAGGUGCUAGAGAAAGCUGGGAAUAUGAUUCUGGUGCAAGAGACCUUCAGAGUCCUGACCUGCAGAGUCAUUCUACCCUUCAGAAGCUCUUGGAGUAUGGAAGCAGCAGUAUGAGUCAACAAGUUGCUCUGCAGAAACUGCUAAUGCAGGCCUCCAAUCUUAGCAACUCAGUUGGAGGAAGCUAUUUAGAGCUUGCCAACACUGUUCCCAGCCUUAGCAAGACAAGUCUUGUAAUUUUGCUUGAGCCAAGACAGCUCCAUUUAGCAGCCCUGGCGUCACUAAAGGGAGAUAUAGUGGAGCUUAAUAAACGACUGCAGCAAACAGAAAGGGAGCGGGACCUGCUGGAAAAAAAAUUGGCAAAGGCACAGUGUGAACAAUCUCAUCUAAUGAGAGAGCAUGAAGAUGUACAGGAGAGAACAACACUACGCUAUGAGGAACGAAUCACAGAGCUUCACAGCAUUAUUGCUGAAUUAAAUAAGAAGAUUGACCGACUACAAGGAACAACAAUAAGGGAGGAAGAUGAAUAUUCCGAACUACGAUCAGAGCUCAGUCAGAGCCAGCAUGAGGCUAACGAAGAUUCCACGCAGCAUGGACCAGGAUCAGACUUCUGUUCAGUACCAGAGAACCAGUCCACUAUGGUCCCUGCUGACAUGGAUAACUGUAGUGACUUGAACUCCGAACUGCAGAGAGUGCUGACGGGGCUGGAGAAUGUAGUCUGCGGGAGGAAGAAGAGCAGUUGCAGUUUGUCUGUAGCAGAAGUGGACAGACACAUUGAACAACUCACCACUGCCAGCGAACAUUGUGAUCUAGCUAUUAAGACAGUAGAGGAGAUUGAGGGUGUGCUGGGACGGGAUCUUUAUCCAAACCUGUCUGAAGAGAGAUCUCGGUGGGAAAAGGAGCUGGCUGGUCUGAGGGAAGAAAAUGAGAGCCUCACUGCUAUGCUGUGCAGCAAAGAGGAGGAGCUAAACAGGACCAAGGCCACGAUGAACGCUAUCCGGGAAGAAAGGGACAGAUUGCGCAGAAGGGUUCGGGAACUACAAACACGUUUACAGAGCAUCCAGGCAACAGGCCCAUCUAGCCCAGGUCGUCUCACUUCCACAAACCGACCCGUGAACCCCAGUACUGGAGAGCUGAGCACGAGCAGUAGCAGCAAUGACAUUCCCAUUGCCAAGAUUGCUGAACGAGUGAAGCUCUCAAAGACAAGGUCAGAGUCUUCAUCGUCUGACCGACCUGUCCUAGGAUCAGAAAUCAGCAGCAUAGGGGUGUCUAGCAGUGUGGCUGAGCACUUGGCCCAUUCUCUCCAAGACUGCUCCAACAUCCAGGAAAUCUUUCAGACACUCUAUUCACAUGGAUCUGCUAUCUCUGAAAGCAAAAUCCGAGAGUUUGAAGUGGAAACAGAGAGGUUAAAUAGCCGUAUUGAGCACUUAAAAUCCCAGAAUGACUUGUUGACAAUAACACUGGAGGAGUGCAAGAGCAAUGCUGAGAGGAUGAGCAUGCUGGUUGGGAAAUAUGAGUCCAAUGCCACGGCACUCAGACUUGCCCUGCAGUACAGUGAACAGUGCAUAGAAGCAUACGAGCUGCUGCUGGCUUUGGCUGAAAGUGAACAGAGUCUCAUUCUUGGUCAAUUCAGAGCUGCAGGCGUCGGGUCUGUCGGGGACCAAACAGGUGAUGAGAACAUUACCCAGAUGCUCAAGAGAGCUCACGACUGCAGGAAGACAGCUGAGAAUGCAGCAAAAGCCCUGCUGAUGAAGUUAGACGGCAGCUGCGGGGGAGCUUAUGCGAUCACUGGCUGUAGUGUACAGCCCUGGGAGAGCCUGUCAUCCAACAGCCAUACCAGCACUACCAGCUCAACUGCAAGUAGCUGUGAUACGGAGUUCACAAAGGAGGAUGAGCAGAGGUUGAAGGAUUACAUCCAGCAGCUGAAGAAUGACAGGGCAGCAGUCAAGCUGACCAUGUUGGAGCUGGAGAGCAUCCAUAUUGAUCCCCUUAGUUACGAUGUCAAACCUCGUGGAGACAACCAGAGGCUAGAUCUGGAAAAUGCAGUAUUGAUGCAGGAACUCAUGGCAAUGAAGGAGGAGAUGGCAGAACUUAAGGCACAACUGUACUUGCUAGAGAAAGAGAAGAAAGCACUGGAGUUGAAACUUAGCACUCGAGAGGCCCAAGAACAGGCCUACCUAGUUCACAUUGAGCACCUGAAGUCUGAAGUAGAAGAGCAAAAAGAACAGAAAAUGAGAUCCCUCAGCUCCACCAGUAGUGGCAGCAAAGACAAAUUGGGCAAGGAAUGCACAGAUGGGACCACAACACCAUUAACCCUAGCUGAGCUGAGACCAUACAACGACAGUGAACUGGCUGCAGAACUAACAAAUGCACUCAGACGAGAGAAGAAACUGAAAGGGAGAGUGCAAGAGUUAGUGAAUGCCUUAGAAAGACUCACAAAGAGCAGCGAAAUCAGACAUCAGCAGUCUGCUGAGUUUGUUAAUGACUUGAAAAGGGCAAACAGUAACCUUGUGGCAGCUUAUGAAAAAGCAAAGAAGAAGCAUCAAAACAAACUGAAGAAAUUGGAGUCACAAAUGAUGGCCAUGGUUGAGAGGCAUGAGACUCAAGUGAGGAUGCUCAAACAAAGAAUAGCAUUGCUGGAGGAGGAGAACUCAAGACCUCACACUAAUGAAACUUCGCUUUAAAAUUAUAUAUAUGACAAAUUAAAAAAGUUGGGUUUUUUUGACUGAUUUUAGGUAGUGAACACUAUUAAGGAUCUGAAACAUAACAGGCAUAGAUCAGCCUUGUGGCUUUGUCAAAUCAAGCCAGGCGGACUGGGGAGACUAUUUUAAGCUUAAGCAAAGGAUUGUUUAUUGAUGAUUGCUUGAAAUGGACAGUGCCUGAAGGUAAAGUUUCCCAUCAUACCAAGGUUAUGUUCAUGGUAUAUGUAAUUGUGUAUAUAUACACACAUGCAGGAUUAUCUCCUAUCCUCAUCCUAAUCAUCCCUCCAAUUUUGAUCUUGAUGCAUUCCCUCGCUUUUAAUUUACUCCCAAGAUAAGACCAAAAUUGCACUCAUUCAGAUGCUUUUGUAUGUUUGUUUGGGCACAGACUAAGCUGAUUUGAUAGAUCUCCCAGCCACCAUGUUCUCUUUGUCCUGAAAUCUUGCAGUAAGACUUGCUGUUACACCUAUUGUAUGUACGUGUUUGGUGAGGGGAGGUGUGCAAGAUGGCAGCCUGGUUUGUACCCUGCACCAAACUUGCAGUUCUCCACACUCCCCACAGUCCAACAGAUGUAGGAGGAGAACUCCUAAUGCAGAGAUGUUUUACCCAGGCAGGAUUCCUGAACACAGCAACUAGAAAGCUCUUGCUGCAAGUCUACAAUUCUGCUUUAUUUCUUAUGCCCUUACAGGCUCUAUAUGGCCACAUGCUUUCUAUUUACAGUGCAGGGGGUGUGGGCCAAGAUUGGGUAGGAAGUUACAAGGAAGUUUUUGUCCUUCAUGUUAUAGGGUAGUGCUGACCGUCAAUUUAGAAAAAGUUGGAUUUAUUUUUCUAAAAUACAUUAUAGACAAGGUUUUCCUCAAAGAAGCCUCUGUCAGAUGCAGAGUAGUAUUAGACCAGCAUAAUGUUCCAUUACACCCGUGUGAGAACAAGAGGCAGAAACCCUCUCUGUACUUACUAUGUAGUACAAAAAGGUACUUACUUAUAAGGAAUGUACCUAUUCAAUAUUAAAAUAAAUGCACAUGAAUGUGCGUAUACAUGUAGAUACACACAAAAUGAGUGAACAAAUGAGCUGGCUUAGUACUGUGUGAGUAGGAGUUCUAUGAACAUAGCCUUCUGAUGGCUGUUGUAAAAUUAUAUUUAUAGGCUAUAUUUUAAUAAGUUACUGUUAUAAUGUAGGUGGACUUCUCUGUUCAAGCCAGUUGGUUUCUUAUGCCAUACUAGCUAGCACAUGGUAAGACUGAAUGAGUCAGGUGUUUUUAGCAGAGGCUGAGUGAAGCACAGAGAUCAGGGUGCCACCUCUAGGAAGCAGAAGGCGUAGUCUCAGACAUGGCAUGCAUCCCAGCUCCUUUGGGCCUUGUUCACAGGACUUCUGUGUUUUCACUGUCACGGAGAUUGUCUGAGCACUUAAAGUAAAACAAUCCACCCUCAUCAGUUUAAUCAACCUGGAGUCAAUUAACUUCGUUGCUAUUACUACAGCACUGGUAUGUUUAGUAUUGGUCAAGCUUGAGGUGCUUUCCUUGGCAAAUGGAUUUUCAAAAUUCUGCUGUCAUUCCCACUUGUCACACAGGAAUGUGUUGUGUUUUGGGACUUGUCUUGAGUUUCCUAGACCUGUUUAAAUUGAUGUGAAUUUCUCUCUAAAGGCUUGUUUAGCUUUUAAAGUAUUUCCAAAGAGCUGUGGCUAUGGUUCUCUACACUGAGUAACCCUUGGCUAGACUAAGCCUUUGGCCUUCCUAGCUGGAUCAUACUUUGCUGCUUCUAGAUGUUAAACAGGGACAAUGAGGGGAUUGACUUUCAGCUUUUUAGGGAGCAGGUUAAAAACUGCCUUAGGUGAGAUUUAAAUGUCAGUGGUUCUUAAUGCUGGUUUCUAAUGCUCUCCUUCCCUUUGGCAGCCGCUGUUCUCUUUCCUUAAAAGCUGUAAAGGUUGAGUAGCAAAUCUGAGACAACAUAAGCUGCAACAAUGCCAAACCCCGUCUCCUGCACCAGUAUAAAUGAAGAAGACAGCAUUACUUACAAACGAAGGGCCCCCUUGUAGAGCCCUGCUACCUGACUUGAAACUACAGGGACCCAACUACAUGUGCUGGGUCUGGGUCAGGUGGGAAAGCAAGCGGACCCUUGGGGGGUUAGGUUGGGAGUGGCUGUGUGCUCCACCAUGCUGCACUGCAUGUGUUGAAGAGUGUCUGUGCUGAGGAGCUGCAGAUUCUCACUCCACAGUACAUACAGCGCAGUAGGGAGGAGUGGAUUUUAAUACCAGUGCAUGAAGCCUGCCCUGAACAAACCCCAAGGCAGAAAGGAGAGCUGGGGGUCAGAAAACAAUUGGAUCCUCUCAGGGUUGAACUUUGGCUCAAGCCAACCUGUACCACCUUUUAGUUUGGUGGGGCCCAUCCUCUUUACCCACAGAACUGUAUAAUCUCCCACUUUGAACUGCAAAUCCCAUCAUUCAAGCAAUAUUCAUACUGAUUUUCCAGUGUCCGAGUGCAGCUCUGUCCAUAGAAUUGUUUUGCUAAGCUAGAACUGUCCUUCACUGCAUAGAAAGGUGUUUUGUUUUUUGGCAAGAUCAUGUUAAAUUUUUUAUUUUGCCCACAAAUGUCCCUAAUUGUGGACAUUUUUCCUGUGUUCCACUUCUCAUGAUGACUGAUGAAGAGGGCUUGAAAAGAAGAACCCCUCUUUAAAAUGAGGCAGAAAAAGCUGUGUUUAAGUAGUUUCUAUAUUUUGGGUCCAGUACCACAUUCACUAAAAUAAUGAGUUUUGUCAUGGGACUUUAGUGGAAGCAGGCUCAGACUACGUGCCUCUGUUUAUCAUUGGAAAAACUUUCCUGGUGCUAAAAGAAUGUGUGCACAACCCUAAGCCAGUUCCCACAGGUUCAAGAACUCAAGUCAUCAACCUCGUUACCUCCUUGAGAUCAGCCCUACAUUAACCGUGACCUAAGGACUUGAACACUGUUGCUUAAGCCUAGAUGUAAGUGGCUAGAUAAUGGGUGCGAAGCUCACAUUAGCUUUAGCAGGAGUUUUGGAUAAGUAAAGGCUGCAGCUGCUUGCUCGUACUAAAUGCCCCAAGCAUUUGCUUUCCCAUUUAAAAUAUGCAGCCAAAAUUUUUGUCUGGGGCAGUUUGGAUUACAUCCAUAACACCAGUUAGGCUCCUUGCUAACCCAGAUAGUUUAUGGCUCACUAACAAAAUUCUGUGUAAGCUAAAGCAAUCUCCACGCUGGAAAAAUAUAUUUGUGCAGGAGGCACCCACUGCCUGACAAGCAAUGAGAGCUGACUGAAAUAAAAAAAAACCCACACCAAACUUACAGGCAUAUGGUUCAGGGCUACAAAAGGGACACAAGGGCAGGGUUCACGUUUCCUUGUUCCUUUGUAAUUUGUGUGAGGGAAGAAAGCAAGUCACUGUACUCUUUAUUCCUGCUACAGGAGUUCAGUGUUAGAUCCCUUUUAUACUGACCUCCUCACCAAGGUAUCUGAGUGCCUUCCAUUAAGCAAAGUUACUAAGAUCUGGCACUGGUGGUUAGUUCUCGCUCAUCCUCUCCCAAGGGAGUGUUUUAAGUUGUUUAAAUGAAAAUUCUGCCCGGUUUAUAUAUUAGAAAAGGCAAGGGUGAGGUGUGCUUUGCAUUUGUAACUGAAGGUGAUAUGAUUUGUGAUGUGCUUAACUCCUGCAGGAAUUUUUUGCAGAAGGGGGUAGGCUCCCUGGAAGUCAUGGCUGUGGCUUUAGCCUUAAAAUAGAAAUGGCCCGUGCUCCUGAAGCCAAAGUUGUUGACCACAGGCUUUAGCCAACAAGGACAGAUCCUGAUGCAAUAUUCUGGGGGAAGCCACUGUGAGGACUCAGCAACAACAAAUCUAGAACAAGCACCUGAGACAGCUGAAAUUCUUCCCCAUAUAGGUUUGGCUACCCGAGGUUGCUGGAUUGUUUUUCCUAGUAUCAGUUUUAUGAGGCCUGUUCACAGCUGUACAACUUAUCACACCUGGGCUACCACUUAAUUUAACAAUUGCUGAUAGUGUCUCUUACUAAGUUGAAAAGCAAGGGAUUUUAGGUUGUUUUUUUCCUUCAAUAAGAGGGAAAGGGGUUUCUGUUUAAUAGAGGGUUUACUGUUUUGAAUUAAGUAGAAGUUUUUAUAUCACUUCAAAUCUAGGCUUUGCCUUGUCAGUCCAAAAUAGUGCUGAGCUGAGUAGAACCUGUCCUGUAUAUAGAUGAUUUCAUUAGGCAGGAAUAUUGAGCCAGCACCUUACUCAGAUUUCUAAGGGAUGAGGAAUGAGGUACAAGUUUAUUAUUAUUUUGUGAUAGUGCCAAUUUUAAUCUACCUUUUGAGUUUAUUUCAAAUACAUUUUAAGAAUGCUGUAAAGAUGCAAGUUUACAGCAAAUAAUCAUAUCAAGGUGAUUAAAGGUAACCUACCCAACAUUUCUUCCAUGAUGUUGAUGCGCAAGACAGUAUUUGCUUUGUCACAGCCUCUGCUAUGGAGUCUUCAAACAAUUAAAAGUGAGAUGUGGGUACCUACAAAGUACUGCUUAAUUUGUUAGUAUAUUAGAAAAAGGGAGUGGGGAAUAGGACCAAUGGGAAAUAGUGGUGAAAUAGCUUAACACCAAUCAAGAAUGUGUGUUAAUGUUCUAGUGCUUCUUGUAAUAGGUUAAAAGUAGCCAUAGCCUUAGUGCACCAGUUACAAAAAUGACCACCUUAAAACAGUAAAUUCCAAAAACUAAUAUUUAAUUAUACAGCUGUAUAAUUCAAGUUUGAAACACCAGCUCGAAGUAUUAUGUAGUCUGACAAGUGUGCAUUCUAACUUCUUCAGAAGUAACUUACAUCAACUGUAGACACUGCAACCCAACUCCCACAAUUUAAAAAAAACAAAACUCAUUUGAGUUCAAUAGCUAAGAGUUAGGUUCUAUUUAUAAGAACCUAGUCAAUUCUCCUUCAGUCUCUUACAGACAAGUGCAACAGUGUAUUAAUUUGUAUCUUGUUCUAAUGACUUUUUUAAAAAUUGUCUGAGUGUCAAAUAGUGCAUGAAAUUUUAUAUUUCAUAUUGUUCUGAAAAAGUACUUUUCUAAUUAAAAAGGUAUAAAAAAACCUUUACACCAGCUUGAAUGUAUUGUUAGUUAUUACAAAGCACAUGUGACUAAGUUUGCAUUAAUCUCAGUAUUCCACUGUUUAUAUUGGAAGUUUUUCAUUUAAAAAUAUCACUUAACAUUGUACUAUAUGUUGUAAUUUGAGACUUUUCACCUAAUUGAUUUGCUUUAAAAUGUGUUCUGCUUUUUAGUUCCUUAGCUGCUGUAAAAUAGUUAUUUUGUGUUUGAUAUAGAAUUGUAAAAACAGCAUUUAUUUAUACAGAGACAUUUAUAAUACUUUAUUUUACAAAUGUUCUUAUAUUCUGAAUAAAUAUUUCUAAUGCUAAAGUAUGUGUUUCACUUCCGUAACUAGUUACAUACACUCUAAAACUUAAGCUUUCAAUACAUGGUUAAUAGGUGGUACAAACUAAACGAACCUACCUCUUUUGACAACACUGAAAAAAAAUCUUAAUGUCCUUAAAUUAUGUCAGUUCUAACAUUAGUAUAGAUGCCUUAAGUGGAGUUGUUCUGUUUUUCUACUAGAAAAACAGAAGUUUUACCAUGUUUCCAUUCCCCCAUACUUUGGAAUUCUU